AUUUUCUUCGGAUGAAGUCCCCUGCUGAAGGGCAGCCGUCAGCGUUGCAGAUGCCUUGUAUAGAGCAUCCAGGGAGGAUGAUCAAGGACAGACGAUAUUGUGAAAAUAUGAUGAUGCUGUGUGACUCACAAGAGCAUCUGUGGCGUUUGAUAUUAACACAACUAAAAACCGUUGAAGCGUUACACACAGCUGAAAGUCUCCCACAUUUUAAUGCAUCUUCAUCUGAUGGUCCGAUGCCGAUUACUUCGUCAAUAUUGGUUCAAGUUCGGCAACCACAAAGCACGGUUAGUACAGCUGGUCGUGGAGAAGUACAGGGGAAUGCUGCAGUACAUCAAAAUCAUCGUCAUCAGCAGCAGCAGCAGCAACAACGCGAUGUGGAUGCGGAUCGGCGAGCUAUGGAAGCAGGGGCGGAAAUUCGACGUCGACUGUCAAUGAUUUUACGUGUCUUUUUCCUGGCUUUCGUGCUGGACCUAUCUAUCAACGGCUACUACUUGAUACUAGUGAUGAGCAUUCUGUAUCUAAUGCGCUUGGACGAGCUCAUGAAGAGGGUUUGGCAGGCCAGAGGGGCGCCGGGCGCUGCUAUCGGUGCUCGUCCAUCUCUAGAUGUGCAGCUGAAUAGGUUGGAUCGAUUACGUGAACGAAGGGCGAAGCGAGAUGAGCUGAUAGAGCAGGAAAAAGAGAAACGCGCUGCUGCAGUGAGGGAAAAGAUACAGGAGCGGGGAGAGAUCACAGAUGAGACAGGGAUCGAGAUGCAGGUCUACGAGGAACUGUAUGGCUCGUCACCAACACCAGAAGAGAUAAUAGACGCCUCAUUGAGACCGCAGCAUAAGAAAGACAUCGUGGCGAGGUUCGUAUACCAACUUCCUGUGAUGUUCGUGCUCACUAUCAUCCCCGAGUGGAGUCCAAAUCCUGACUAUUUAACAUAACAGUAUC